UCCAUAUGAUCGACAGGCGUUUCAGCCAAUAAGAACCGUUUAGUCAUAUUAUGGGGAAAACGUGUGUUUUAUGUAAGGAGCAAUACUUGUUUGAGAUUAAAGUUGCUAACGAAGAAGCGGUGCGUGAAAGUGUGUAACAUCGUCCUAUAGGAUCACCAUGGAUCCCAAAAACAGUGGAGGAGAGAAACGCCUUCCCAGAAUAGCUGCUUCUCUGCUUACCCGCUUUGCUUUAGAGAGAGAACACACCUCCAGUGUGCAAAGGGCAAGCUUGGGUCCUCCACCUACUUCAACUCCACCUGACCAUUCUUUAGCAGGCUCCAGAUCCAAGUCACCUGACUCCCUGGUUCCAGGUGCAUCAGAGCAGUCCCUGGUUCCAGGUGCAUCAGAGCAGUCCCUGGUUCCAGGUGCGUCAGAGCAGUCCCUGGUUCCAGGUGCGUCAGAGCAGUCCCUGGUUCCAGGUGCGUCAGAGCAGUCCCUGGUUCCAGGUGCGUCAGAGCAGUCCCUGGUUCCAGGUGCGUCAGAGCAGUCCCUGGUUCCAGGUGCGUCAGAGCAGUCCCUGGUUCCAGGUGCGUCAGAGGAGUCCCUGUUUCCAGGUGCGUCAGAGGAGUCCCUGGUUCCAGAUGCGUCAGAGGAGUCCCUGGUUCCAGAUGCGUCAGAGGAGUCCCUGGUUCCAGGUGCGUCAGAGGAGUCCCUGGUUCCAGGUGCGUCAGAGGAGUCCCUGGUUCCAGAUGCAUCAGAGGAGUCCCUGGUUCCAGAUGCAUCAGAGGAGUCCCUGGUUCCAGAUGCAUCAGAGGAGUCCCUGGUUCCAGAUGCAUCAGAGGAGUCCCUGGUUCCAGAUGCAUCAGAGGAGUCCCUGGUUCCAGAUGCAUCAGAGGAGUCCCUGGUUCCAGAUGCAUCAGAGGAGUCCCAUCCCUGUUUUAAAACAGAUGGCUUUGCAUCAGGUUGGGCUAAUACAGCUGAGAGCUCCCCUGAAAGAGGAAAGCGAAGUGGAGGUAGCUGCACAGAGUGGCACAAGAAUCGCGUUGUGGCCCUGUGUAGCGAACGCUUUGACAAACUGUUGAGGGAAUGUCCUGAAUACUACAGUACUAAAAGCUGCCUUGCUGCUUUUGUCCUGGAGAGAGAGGUGACUGACACCUAUCAAGUGGUGGCAUUGGGCGCAGGGCAGAACUGCUGCAGUGGUUGGCAAUGUUAUACAGGCUCCGUUGUCCAUGACUGCCAUGGCAUCAUCAUUGCACGCAGAGCCCUUAAAAGAUAUUUGUAUAAGCAGCUCCUGUUGUUCUACAGCUCUGAGCCAGAGCUUCAAAACCGCUCUAUAUUUCAGAGCACUGACAAAGAGCUGCUGCUUCAGCUCAAACCAAAGAUCUACCUGCACCUCUACACCAACCAGACCCCUAAAGGUGCAUCACAAUACGUCAUGAAGUCCCAUGGCAGUGGUUACCAGUCACUGAAGCUGCAAUGCCAUUCCAAAGGUUCUCUGAUUCCUGCUGCAUUCCUGUCUCCAAAUAUCUGGGGUGCUUACAUCUGCUGCAUGUCUGACAGUGCAAAACUCACCAGAUGGACUGUCACAGGAGUUCAGGGAGCGCUUCUCAGCCACUUCAUCAAGCCACUGUACAUCACCAGUGCUGUACUUGGUGGCACUAGCCAUUGCUCUGAUAUAGUGUCUGACACCAUCAGUAUGCACCUGGGGACUGGUCUGAAAGAUGUUCUGAUCCCCCCAUACCAACAAACUACCAUCUUCUUCCAGAACGGAGAGAAAGUGGGACCAGCUGUAAGUUUGAACCAUUGCAAAGACCUCAGUGUUAACUGGUGUCUGGGAGACUCAAGUAUUGAGAUUCUAGACAGCACCACUGGAUAUGCCAUCAGUUGCUCUCCUUUUGUGAGUGGACCUGGUUUCACCAGUAGGCUAUGCAAAAGAGCACAGUUCUUCGGUUUCAGAAAAGUUGCCAUGCUUGCUGGUCAACAUGAGCUUCUGUCCUAUGGCGUAUACCGAAAAGCCAAGAUGGCUGCCCACUUGUAUCAGAAGACCAAAGCCUCGGUGAACAAGCAGUUCUUGGCCAACAAUGCAGGACCAUGGAACUCAAAACAUCUGGUGGACUGCUUCAGUUGCUGACUUAUUUGUUAAAGGAAAUUUAUCUUUCACUUGUUCUAAUAUUGUUUUCUUGUUUUUCAAAAAAGUUUUUGGUUAGCUGUUUUUACUUAUUCAAGAAAACACUUCAGCCUCACCCUUAUUUCUUCAAAGCCAAAGGGUUAAAUGUUUGCGCAGUCUGACUUUAUAUAUAGUAUAUACAGUUCUACACACGUAUAACACUGCACAUUUCUAUUUUACUUUACUGAAAGAGACCAAACAGGACUGGACUGGAAAAAUUGUUCUAAUUAUUAUAAUAUAAUAAGGCUCUAUAUUAUUAUAAUAUAAUAAUAACCUCAACUUGAUGUUGAUUAUUUUCUUUUUGUGUCUUAUUCUUUAUUAUUGCAUUUCAAUUUAUCGAAGGAAAAUACCGCCAUUUUCUGCCAAAUCUGUUUCUGUUUAAUAUUUUUAGUUCCAGGAAAAAACAAAAUACAAUAAAAAGUAUUUCAGGUUAUCUGCUGGUGAGCAGAUUGAUGGGCAAAAGGGAUUUUUGUAUUACCCCUGCUGGGCAAACCAUUCAUAUCUUUCUACAAUAGCAUUGGUACAGAGUUAAACAUCUGCUCAUAUGAGAAAUUCUGGACUCUUUCCUAGGCUAUAGAAACAGGACAAAAUGGACUGACAUCAUCCAAAAAAGUCUGGAUUUUUUUUUGUUUGUUUGUUUGUUUCCUAAAAUAAAUGCUUUAAAUAAUGCUAUGCUAAAAA